GAAUAUAAAUACGGACAGCUUUGCCAGCAACUGAAAGUAGUGCCAAAUAAUUUCUUCUUACGUCACGGCAAGACUGAAGAACUGAGUAUGAAAUAUAGAUAUUUAAAUUAUGGAGAUGCCACAGCCAUGGCUAGUUUAAUCCGGUCACAAGAUCUAAUAUCUAAGUUAGAUUUAUCUGAUAAUGGUAUAGGACCAGCGGCCAUGCUGUCUCUAGCCGAACUCCUCCUUUAUAAUAAAACAAUAACAGAAGUGAAUUUUUCCAACAACCGAAUAGGAACGUAUGGUGCCCGACUGAUGAAGACUAUCAUGCAGAAUAACAAUAAACUUAACAAAAUAGAUAUUUCUGAUAUAUAUCUUAAAGAGUUUAAAAUUGGUAAUAAUAAAAUUGGGGAUAAAGGAGCCGUUGCAAUAGGGAAAGCUUUAGGUAAUAAUGUUACGUUAGAAUUAUUAGAUGUCAGCUGGAAUCAUAUACAGUUACCUGGAGCUUUGGCUAUAGCACGGGGGGUUAAGAACAAUGAACAAUUGAAGAUAUUAAGAGUUGGUAUGAAUGGUUUUAGUAAAGCCGGUACACAAGCUUUAGUAGAAUGUUUACACAACACCAGUAUUAUAGAACUAGAUUUAAGCUCCAACAGAAUUGGAGUCGAAGGUGCUAAACUGAUCGCAGAUGUAUUAAAAAAAUCAACAGUACAGAAUCUGAACUGGUGA